UCCGCCGAGCGGCCGAAUGUCGCAAACGCGACGGCUUGGUACGGACAGGUCGCUUAUUUAAAACAGGAUUUCACAGGAAACCUGUUUCAAGAUUCUAAUCAGUUUUAAGCGGCCUCGCGAUGCGCUCAGCGUCGAGUUUUUCCUGAAACAUUUGUUUCAAGGAUCGCGGGGACAGUUGAUUUACGGUUCCCGAAGCUAUUGUUGUCGACGGUAGCAGCGUCCCAAGGACAACUGCUGAACGGCGUUAUUCACCGAGUGCGACGUGUGGGCGAGAUCGGCGCCUCAUCUUCUCGUGUAUCUGGCCUGUUUUCAUUUCCUGUAGAGAGCUACGCGCGCUGGCCAGCGACGCGUUCACCUGCGAAGCGAAUGGAUCAUCGACUCGUUCAGUGAUGUGUCCAGCCGCAAAUGCGUCGACGUCGGAAGAGUGAUACACCGCGCAUCGCCUCUUUCUGUUGGCUGCUAAGGAGGCCUAGGUCAGCUGCCACGGCGUGAUGCAGGAGGCAUCGAGUCGAGGGGACACUGCUGUCAGCAUGCCCAGUCUGCAGCAGCCGCUUGGCGGCAGCGGCCAUUGCUCAGAUCGGGACUCGGUGCCAUCGAGGGAAUCCUCUCCAACCCCUGCCGCACCCACGUCACCUUCGCCAUCUCCCCUGACGCCAACUGACACCCAAACACAAGCCCAACUUGAAGCCGACAAGAGGGCCGUUUACAAGCACCCCCUGUUCCCUCUACUGGCCCUCCUCUUUGAAAAAUGUGAGCGAGCCACUCAAAGUGCCGAGGCCCCCUGCUCCGAAAGCUUCAGCUCAGACAUCCAGGCUUUCGUGCAGCACCAAGAACAGGACCGCAAGCCUUUCUUCAGCGACGAUCCCGAAGUGGAUGGCCUGAUGGUGAAGGCAAUCCAGGUGCUUCGCAUUCACCUGCUCGAGUUGGAGAAGGUGCAGGAGCUGUGCAAGGACUUCUGCAACCGCUACAUCGCAUGCCUGAAGAGCAAAAUGCAGAGUGAGAACCUGCUCCGGUCGGCCGAUUUCCCAGGCACGGGGUCCCACUGCGAAGGUGGCAGCAUGAGCGACACAGGCUCCUCAUCUUCGUGCUCUUCGCCCCCACCACCGGUGUCUAGCAACCCGUCUCCCCCUCCUGCCCACUCUCUUGUCACUGCCACUCAGGGCAACUGCCUCUCGUCUUCUGCUCUGAGCUCUGGUCAGGUGGUCUCGGGGGGAACAGUGUUCCAAGUUUUACAGACCACGGCUGGGUUCGUGGCACAGCCCAUUCAGAUCCAAACAAGUGCAACUCUGCCUGUGAUAGCGUCAAUCCAUGGUGGGACACCAUUGUCUCAGAUUGGUGCAAACCUCUCCUCCUCUAACCAAGACCAUCGUGUCUCUAACCUCGGUUCGAGGGCUCUCUCAGUGAGUGGCGAUGAUGAAGACGAGGACAUCUUGGGCUCCAAGAAGAAACAGAAGCGUGGAGUUCUGCCAAAGCAGGCGACAAGCAUCAUGCGCUCCUGGCUGUUCCAGCACAUUGUGCACCCAUAUCCCACUGAGGAUGAAAAGAGGCAGAUAGCAGCUCAAACUAACCUAACCCUUCUUCAAGUCAACAACUGGUUCAUCAAUGCUCGUCGGAGGAUUCUGCAGCCGAUGCUGGAUGCUAGCAACCCUGAGAACAGCCAGCAGAAAGCCAAGAAAGCCAAAGUUCAGACGGUGCGACCUGUCGAGCGCUUCUGGCCCGACGCCAUCGCAGCCCUGCAGCCUCGACCGUCAAGUCACAACGGCAUGGCCCCAGUUUCUUCUCCAAGUGCCCAUGGCAAGCCUUCCACAGCCAGUGGUACCAGCCUCUGCUCUGAAGCAUCCGAUGACAGCACCUGCGGAGGGGACACUGGCCACUCGGCAGCGGAAGAUGAAAGCAGGGACCAUGGUACCGCUGGUGGCAGCAGUGGCAAGGCCUAGCAGCAAGCUGCUCUGCCUUUUAAUCAACUACGAGCCAUGCCCUGCACGAAUCAAGGGGCAACAGUGCUGCACCCCUAACAAUAUCUCACCUAGGAAUCUGAUCUUCUCAUAGUGGAUUUUCACUACAUCUUGUAUGCAAUUGAGCAUUCUGUGCUCCUUUUGUUUUCGGUUGAGUUCUCAUUGCAGUCCUCGCUCACCUUGUUUUGUGUCAUGCGGCAUUCCCUAUUAUACUGGUUGAUGCAAGAAGUGGGCUUCUCUUAAAUUGUGGUGUGGCUACCUCGCCACUUGUGAGAUUGCCUUAGAGGUGCCUCUUGGUGAAUGAAGUGCUUCUUCCUCCCGGUGAAUGAGUGAUCCCCAAAGGGAGGAGCAGUUCUCCUCUGCACACCUUUUUGUUUCCCUGUUGGCGUCAUUCGGGGGCAAGCUUUAGUUUUGUGCCAUAUUGCAAAGGCAUUUGUAAUCUGCUUAGCGUCUAGGUGCUCCAUUGUGCAGACCUGCAGUGCAGAACUUUAAAGUCAUUUUCGGAUAAACGUUGGUCAUUUUUAUUAUACCAUAAGGUAUGAAUGCUAUUUGACAACAUGUCAUCAUCAUAAUAACAUUAAAGGUCUGUCAAUCAUGCUGAAAGCGUGUCCAGUGCCGCACAAUGGUAACAUAGUCUAGUUUUCCAUGCUUUUACUUUGUUAAAAUAAUGCAGUACACAAACAGCCAGCUACAUUGUAGAACACAGACAGGCAUUGUCUUAUCGUCAAUAAUAAUGGGAAUGCAAUGGCCAACAUAUUCUUUGAACCUGAAUGGAUGCCAUGAGAGUGUCUCAAAAUUGCCGCAGGUUGGUCACUGACUGACAAUGUGCACAAAUUUACUUACAUAAACAGCAGCUUGUUCUCUGUGGGUGGUGGGGGAUGACAGCCCCUAUGGUUUCAUAUAAAUAUUGGUUUUCAUUGAUGCAUAAAGUUUCAAUAGAUGGUCUUUGGAGUCGCUUCAAUCGGACUUGCGUCACUGCACACAAGAGAGCACGCAAAAACAUAUGUUGCCUUAAGGAGAGAAAUGCAGCCAAUUUUAUUGGAUACUAACUAAGGUAGGUAAAGAGAUGAUGCAAGUUAUUUUGGUGUUUGCUUGGUGUUCACAGUUGGUGCAGUUGAAACAGAAGCCAACUGCCAGUUGAAGUCGCUGAGAGCUGUGAGAUCUCGGACAUGUUACCCGUUCGAAUUUUCGUGUUUCUAAUCUUUGAAUUAAUAGAGAUGUUCAUUAGAUGUAAUAUAAUUCUAGGUUACUUGAGUUGCAGUGUAUUAUAAGGACAACUACACUGAUUUCGUCAAAAAUUUUUAUCAGGCAUUGCGCUAGAAAAGAUGCCCAUCAAGGCUGCAAACUUCAAAACACUGCAAACCAGCAUCUCUGGCUAAUUUCAACUAUCUAAAGUUUCCUGGGUCUUAUUUUUCAUUUCUUUCAUUAAUUUGAAAACCUCCUUAAUGUGAAUAUGUUUCACUGAAUUAGUGGCUUUGAAUUAAUGACGUUUUACUUGUACUUUUACUUUUGCAGCACAAAUAGUUACUAGUCAUGAAUCGCUCAAUACAGCUUGGCAGUGUAGUUUAUCUUGCUUCAGCAGAAGACUCCUCGAAAAUAUACGAAGCAUGCAUUUGGUCCAAGUUACUCCUUUAAUGUGUUUGUUAAUCAUAGCAGGUAGUUUGCUUUUUGCAACUUUCGCUGUCCAGUACAUGGGCUCCUAAAUCUUGCAUAGCUGUAUAUGAUCCUGCUUCUUGAGACGUCACCAAAUGCAGUACUAGUUCAUUCUCCUUAAACAUUGCUCAACAUGGGCACACAUGCAAAAAUGGGGCAUUUUAUUCAUAGCAGCCUUGUAGUACACUCGUAAUAAAUUGGACAUGGCAAAUAGAAGGCCUCUGCUGAGCCCUUCCUUUCUAAGUGUGGCCACCCCCACGAAUGUGGUCUUUUUGUGUACAUGUGUAAAAUGUUCUCCAUUAAAAAUGUGACUCGGAGAGUCUUCCUGUAGCAUUAUAUUUUUUAAAAUUUGUUACGACGAUGUGAUCUUGAUGUCAAUCAAUUCUCAAAGUGUGCAACAGGUGAGUGAGUGAAGUUUCACAAAUGUUCUUCAUGCUGAACUCUGGCCUGUUAGUGUGAGGAAGGACGCGGAAGAAUUCUGCUUGUUGCUAAUAGAUCACCGCAGUUUUAACAUAGUGCCUGAAUUAUGUAGCAGCCGCUCUAUGACACCAAUCAACACACCAGGCGCCUCAUAGAACAUUGAUGGUUUUUCUUUCGCCUUAUGUAUUCGUUUCAUUCCCCCCGUAAUCAUUGUAUGUGAAGUUUGUUGGUGCUGCUAAUAUCACUAAUGUUUGGAGAUAUUGUGUGACACAGCAGUUAUGUGAACGGGUGGCGUUUUAUUAGCAUUAUUAAGCAUGCCGUGUUUCAUGUUCACGACUUUUUUCUCUCUCUCUCUCUCUCUCCUCCCACUUUCCUUUUGGCAUUUUUAUUGUGCAUAGAUUAUGUUAUAUACAACUUCGGCAUUUUGCUCUGGUAGCACCGACAGGGACUUUGGUGUACAAUGCUGCACUACCAUAUUUCUGCUGUGUGUAACGUUUCCAUUUUGUACAGUCGCCGUUCUUCUGACACCCUCACAAUGCAAUUUGUGUCGGGAGCAUGUUUAAAACAUGGGUUCAGUGAUGAACCCAAUAAUAAUUGCUCAAGGCUUCCCGGUUGAAGUGUUCUUUUCAAGCGCACAUGUGUUUUAAGCAUCUGCACAGUUUUGAUUGUCGUUACAUAUCUACGUGUUGUGAUGGUGCCCUUUUUAUCAGUGAAGCUUUGUUAAGUUUUAUUUUUCUUUUGACAAUGUGUCACCUGUGUCAGUCAGUUAUGAGUCACAUUAGACCUUCCUUUGUUAUACUUUAUUUUGUGCAGAUAAAAAGCAGGCUGCACAGUGCUCAACAAUGUGCAAGUAGAUUUUGUAUUAUAACAGUGCACAAUGUGAUCUGCGUCUUUCCAUUCUGUGUGAUGUUUUAAUUCAUGUUUUUUACUCGUGUUUUGUUUUUCUGCUGAUGUCCCGAGGCAGUAGGGAAACAUUUGUUUUCAAUCCAAUGCCCAUUUUUUCACAGUUGUUGAUGUUUGGUUAUGUGUCUAAAUAGUGCCAGGAGCAUCAAACUGUAGCAAAACAAAGAAUGAAAAAAAAAACUUGAUGCCAAGUAGCGCAAUACAGAGCAAGCAUCCGAAGCAGUUGUACAUUGCUGUGUUACAUAGAGUUGUACAAAGCACGGGAUCAAGUGCAUGGCAAUUUUCCUCGACCAGCCUUUUGGUAAUAGCCACUGUGAGACACUGUUCUCACUGCUUUAUGUGCCCAGAUAAUUCUGUGCGAAGCUUGGAGAUAGCCACCGAUGGUUAUUAUGUCUCCCGGUUGUUAUAGGUGCGUAGUGACUCCUGUACAGGUUUUAUGGUACGAAUUUUGUAAAUCCCACCCGAAUGCAAUACAUAGACAUUCAGAAAAAAAAAAAGAGUGUGCGGCAGACCGUAAUGGUGUUGCCAUUCUCUUAUGCAAUCUCUUUGUAAUCAUGCAGCCGCUAGCUGUGCUGCUGUUUCAGCCGGGAAGAGUUGGCGCUGAAUUUCAUUAAGGCUUCUCUGAAAUGUAAGCUACUGCAACUAGGUGAGCAUUCAGAAACGCAACAGCUCCGAUUCCAUGAAAGAUUGUUCUGGGUUUUAGAUGUCGGGUACUUUCGGUCAUAAGAUUUCAUGUUUGAUUCCCAGUUUAUUGGUUUGCGAACGCGUAUCUCACGAUACGAACGAGAAGAAAAUACCUGUGUUCUUUUUUUGUGCUCAAAGCUUAGGCACAUUUCUUGAGUAGUGUGACAUGUUUCUUUAAAGCCUGUGUUGAUACAUUAGUGUAUUUUAGAUAUUUUAUCACGCUGUAUGCUGUGGAUUUACUCACAGUUAACAAACUUUUCUUGAUACGUUGUAUGCUCAAGGCAGUAAUGGUUGUAAACGUAGGCCAUUGAUCAACAAGGUGUGGGGCUGCUGUGUCUCCUGGAUAUAAUUGCUAAGCUUGCAGUCACUGUUUCUAUUCUGUGGCAAGCUGUUGCUUCUUUGCUUAGUUGCCAAGGUAGUUUUGGUGUUCUACAUUUUGUGACCGAAUUAUCACAUAUUUAUCUUUCAACCAUUCAUUUAUGCCACGUUGGCAAGCUUAUACUGAUUACUUCAAUGUAGAUGUGUUGUAUGUGCAAAUGUCUCAUGUUUUUUUUCUUCUUUGUUGGUCAUAGCAGGCAGUCUUAUAUACCUUGCACUGUUAUUGUUAACAUUUCUUCAGGGUCUCUUCUAGUGCAUCUAUUGUCAUAAAUGCCAUCUCAUCAGUUCUUUUUUUCUCUUUAUGCUACAUUUUAUAAAGGGUCUGCCAAAUAGCAAACUGUACGAUAUAGCCUAGCAGCGUCGGGAGAUUACCAGCAGCAAGUUGUAGGUUUCUAUUUAAUAUAGAUGAUAAUAAAAGACAUUAUUAAUAUA